CUUUCAUUUCCACUCACUCCUCUCUCUCUCUCUCUGCGAGGAGAGCUUCUUCUUGUAGUAGAAAUGGCAGCAGUUCAUCUCCCUCUAACCUGCAAUUCCCAUCUCCAUCCUUCCUUCAAUUCAAGAAAACCCAACUGCUAUCAUCCUCAUCCUUUCAGUAGGACCAAUUCCAGGCACUUCAGAAGAUUCCAAGCACUCAAGGAAGAAACCAAGGAGACGACGGAGUCACCCGAAGGCAUCACCGAGAAAUUCGGCCUCGAAGCUGGCCUCUGGAAGAUAUUCAGCUCAAAAGAGGAAGGAAAGGAAGAGAAGGACAAAUCGAAGACGGAUCAAGCGAAGGAGUUGUUAGCUAAGUAUGGAGGAGCGUACCUGGUGACAUCAAUCUCCCUCUCUUUGAUUUCUUUUUCACUGUGCUAUCUCCUUGUGAGCGCAGGAAUCGACGUUCAAGCACUGCUUCAAAAGGUUGGAAUAUCAACGAAUGAGGCCGGGGAAAAAGUCGGAACAUUUGCGCUUGCAUACGCCGCACACAAGGCUGCAUCUCCAGUAAGGUUCCCUCCAACAGUAGCUCUCACUCCCAUCGUCGCUGGUUGGAUAGGAAAGAAAGCAAAGAAAGAGAAUUGAUUGCAUCUCAUUUUCCAUUUGAUGAUUGGAAAAUCUCACCACGUCAAGUCAUGCAUCCGUUGUUGUACAUGCCAACCUCAUGAACGAAAGUACUGCAUGACACCAAACUCCUUUUUCCAUCUCCCGCUCGUUAAUUUAUUUUAGAGGCAUAUUACAGAAACUCCCAUCUGUUCAAAAUGAGAAAAAUUCUACAUAUGGCUAGAAUGUUUUGGAUUUGCUAGCUCAGGGAGAAUAUCUCUAUAGCCUUCAGUGGCAUAUUGUUUCCA